AAUCAGAACGCGCGCAUCAGGCUGACAACAGUUCAACAUGGAGAGCACGGUGGAGCGGCUGGAGGCGAUGGUGAGCGAACUGUUCAACUCUUUUCUUCGUGUUUUCGUCGCUCUGAAAUGGAAUCUGAUCACUUUUAUAAAUUACUGAGACAUUCAGCAACUCAUUUAUUAUCAUUCAGUUCAACAAACGAGCUGCCUGUCACGGAGAGUGGGCAGGUGGUAAAAAACAUAUAGUGUACAGAGGGCCCUGCUAACGAUGCAGCUCACUAUCAGUUGUGACACCGUGUGAUAGUACAACUAUGAGACACAUAAACACAGAGUUAUAAUGCAUUUUAUCGUUAUUCAGUUCAUAUAGCACUGAGUUAAACAUACAGUAUUACAACACAUGGUGUUAUAAUAGCAUAUUAUUACAAACACAGUGUGCUUGUGUGUAUUAUUCAGCAUAGAAAAGAGGAAAUAACACCCCACACCCCAUGAGUUAAAGCAGAAGCAUUAAGUUUGAAAUGUAGAUCCUGUUUUUGACAUUUAUUGCAGGUUUUAGAUAAGCGAUAGAACAUAAAGUUUUGCUACUGUGUUGAUCCUGAAGCAGUAAAACGGGCUGUAAUACUCGUUCCCUGAAAGUUGUUUUAUUCCCUUACAGGUUUAGAUGGUUGUUUUAUUUCAGCUGUCUGACAGAGGCUCUAUAAGAGAUAAGGGAUGGUCUUGUGUUGUUGAUUAUUUUGAUUUUGCUGUUUUGUUUCGGUGUUGUUGUGAGGCAGAAUUUAAGUGUGUCUCAGGGUUCCCUGAUCUGUGUUGUUGUUGUUAUUGUUCAGUGACAGAUGUGUCUCUGUCUCCCUCAGCUGUUGGCAGCUGCUCUGACUUCUUUGCACUACUGUAUGAGACAGCGAGCAGUGCAAUAGUAUUGUCAAAGCAUCUGACAGCAGCACACACACACAGACGCCUCCUAUAGCCGUUGUACUGAGUCUAACUGCACUCCUUUUUAUGAAAUGUGUUUUCAUUUCUGUAUUUACCUAAAACAAACUGUAAACAUAGACCUAAUACAACAGAGCAUUGAGAAAUGCAUGUGCGAGGGGUUGACAGUGAUACAAGAACACGGGAAAAAAAAUAAACGUGAAUAGAAAAAUAUUGCACAGUCCCAGGGGACUUCUAUCUGAAAUUAUUAAGAAAGAAAAAAUAUACAAGGUAUUUAUUGAUAUCAUUAUUUAACUACACUAUUCCAUCCAUCCUUACUUCCAUCAUACAUCAUAUAUUAGACAGUACCCAGUGGCUAACAUAGAUUUGAAAUGCUACUACUUUUAAAGGCCUUUAAGGAGACCAGCUUUUUCAGAUCCUAAAUCUCCUACAGCAAAUUCAAGGCUGGAGGAGCAGCAUACCUUCAUCUCUCUUUACUCCAUGUCAAGACACGCUUAGGGACAAACAAUAAGUCAUGUGACUGGGUCACAGAGCAAAAACUUUCGCUGGGACUAUUUUUCAUAUUGAUAAAAUGACAUAAAUAAGAGGCAAGAGAUGAAAUGUGAUUUUGUCCUUGAGUUGAUAUUCUUCUGUCACAUGAUUUUAUAAAUUUUGGAUAUCCAACUCAAUCCCAUCAAGUCUUCUCCACACCUGUUGUAAAUUAUGUGACUGUAACAACCAGGUAAUACCAGGUACCUGAUCCACAGCCAAGGAUGAGGAGGAGGGUCAAUCCUCAGCGUUUAAAUGUGUGUUUGUGUUUUCAGUUUUUAAAGUCAGAGGCAGACCUGGAGUACAUUGAGAAGCGUCUGAAGCUGGACUUCAUCAAUAGACCAGCAGAGGGCACCUCUACUGCAGAGGUAGAAUACUUGUUACUCAAAUCUGUUCACACAGAUAGACUUUCUUUUACUGACACACUUACAGAUACACUGAGACACAGUUGAACCAUCACAAAGUGAUGAUUGACUGAACACUGAACACUUCCUGUGAUCACCUGAGCCAGAAUAUUCCAGAAUAAACCUUCAGAAGCUGACCUGAAUAUAAAAAAUUAAAAACACCCUAAAACCUGGUCAGAUCAUGACAAAUAAAGACAUAAAUCAGCAACAGUCAUGUGCUAUAGUCUUGUCUGUGUGGCUGUUCCUGCAGGAGAACCCUGCUGUGAUGCUGGAGAACCUGAAAACCAUCAGAUCCAAACACUCUGAGCUCUGCACACAGUUAAAGGAGAUCUCUGCUGCUCACGGCGAGUCUAUGAACAACCUCAGAUCCGGUCUAAGCUCAGUGAACAGCAUCAUCCAGAACCUGCAGCAGAACCAGGAUCUACAGGUACACAAACACUGCUACAUGACUACAAAACACGAAGAAAAAAUCACUUCCUGUGGUGCAUCAGGAAUGUUUUAGAAGUAAAGAGACAGAGACAACAUGAUGUGAUUGUAACUUGCUGCAGGUGGAACCGCUAACACAGGAACAGAAGGAGGCAGCAGAACUCCUGGAAUCAUUUCUAACAGAGAACAAAUCAAAGGUGAGGGUACAUAAAUCACAAGAGAGAGUACAUGAAUCACAGGUGUGAGUGCAUUAAUCACAGGUGAGAGUGCGUUAAUCAUCAGUUAGUGUGUGUUUCUCACAGGUGAGAGGGCAUACUUAUCGAUGUCUGUAGGGUCUGUAAGAGUUUACAGCAGCACAGAUACUUCUAUCUCCAUCAUCAAUACCACCACUCCUGUCUGCUCUGACAUCACACCUUCUCAGCUGUGACAUCAGACAUGUGGGGCUUAUGGGAAAUGGUGCUUUUUGACCAUGAAUGUGAUCAGUUGAAAAUCUGAGGCUGCAGCUAAACGUGAUUCUCCGAUGAACAUUUUGAUGUUUUCUUUCAGAUUUCUCCUCCAGCGUCUGAAACACAGCAAACACAGCGUGAGUCUGAUUUCUAAACCUCUGAAAUAGUCUUUUUUAAAUCUCUCAUCUUUACAAAUUUUGUAAAACUUACAACCUCGGUUCCAAAAGAGUUGGAACAGUAAAAUACUGAUUUCUUCAACAGCCAGAAAGGCUGAGUCUGUCAGAGUAAAAGAUCUGAAGAGGUUCAUCUCUUGCAGGCAUCACUGCACCAAAAAUAGACAUGACUCUGUAGUGGAAGUCCUGCAUGGGCUCAAUGCCCCUUAACAAAAUGUCUAUGAACUCUGCCUGCAUCCACAAAACAGGUUGAGGCUGUACAAUGCAAAGAGAAAACCUUACUUAACAUGAUCCUGAAUCGUUCUCUUUGAUUUCUGUUCUGUGUGCAGCAGCUCCCUCGGGCUGCAGACGAUGAAGAUGAAGGUGAAAUGAAACUGGAAGUUUGGAAGAGCCCAUCACUUGAUGCAAAAUGAGGGGAAGGCUGCAGUGCAUGUCUGUCUGCUGGGGGAUCCUACUGAUCAUCAUCACCUGGAGUUUGAAGAGAGAGGGGUGGGUCACUGAGACUGCAGGUAGCAGUCAGACCCCCUCCUGUUUCAUUAACUCAACGCAGAAUCAAACACCAUCACACCACCAAACUGUCAGUUUGUGUGACCUCCUCUCCUUUCCUUCCUUUUCCCCUUGAGGAUUGAUAACCCCAGCAGAUAUGCAGUGAAGUGACCUUUGUCUGUUCAUGUUAUUACUGUAAAUACAACUGAAGUCAAGUGUCUGAUGAAUGUUUCCCUUAAGCUGAUAGUACCUUCUGUCUUUUUCUUCUUGAACUCAUAUUUAAUAUUUCUAUGAUAACUCAUCAUUUUAAUAUUUAUGACAAAUAACAUCAUAUAUGUCAUUUUACUUCAUGUCUGCUGACAUUCAGAAAGCUUGGUUUGUAAGGAGUGACAAAACAACACGUGGAGAUGAGCUUUAUAAAUAUAUAGAAGAUUGUGUUCUUAUAAAUAAAAUGGACAGAGGGAACAGCUCCUUUAAAUUUUUUAUUUUUAUGCAAACAGCAUGUUGUGAAAUAAAACUUUGGUCACAGUU